AUGCCCGGCUUAAUCUACGGGGGCAGGCAGUCGCUGCAGCCAGGCCAGUUUGUCGGGGCGCCGCGCGUGGCGUCCGGCUCUCACGGCCAUGGCAAGUACCUCUCGACGUCAGCAUCAGAGCUAGGGCACGGCGUCCCGCCGCCGAAUUCCGCUGGCGGCCCCUCGUCCUUCAGCCACGACAGGCGAAGUAGCGAGCAGGUCAGGCCCACGCGGCCCAGCUGGGACCACAGUGCCGAGGAGCACAUGUCAGGUCCAAGCGCUAGCUUACAGUCUCACGCGACCUCCCAUUCUAAUGGCUCUAGUUCAGCUGCAGGAGCAGCACUGCCCCAGCUAACGAUGUCAUUGCCUGACUUGAAGACGCUCGAGAUGGAUAGAGAAAAGGCAUUGGCCAGCUCUGAUCCCCGAAGACAGCUUCGAUGGGCUGCCAACGUGCUCAAGUAUGUGGAUCGCAAAGGUGACUCGUCCAAAAUUACAGAGACUCGUCUUGUUCAAUGGGUCGAUCAGGCGAUUGGCUUCAUCAACAAACAAGCAGGCGGCUCAGACCCCAUAGCCGAGGCACUGUACCUGCGCGGCGAUCUGCAAGCCUCUGGGGCGUUUCCGACAUACCUGCGCAAGGACUUGCGCUCCGCUUUCAACGACUUUGAGCUUUCGGCACGCAUGGGGCAUGCACAGGCUUGGUUUAGGAUCGGGAGGGACUACGAGGUGCUUGGUGAUGUGGCGAGGGCAAAAGUUGCGUAUGAGCAUGGCUCGAAUUCCGGGGACGUUGGCUCGGUCUAUCGGUUGGGAAUGGCGCAUCUGCUUGGCCAGCUGGAUAUCACUGUCAACUACCCGCGUGCCAUCGCUCUGCUCAAAAGCGCGGCUGACAAAGCCGAUAUUGACACUCCGCAACCCGCCUACAUCUUUGGCAUGCUCCUCGCCGGCGAGUUUAGUCACGUUCCUGUGCCUGCGCAUCUUCUGCAGCCGGAGCGAGGAUCGACGGAGAGCGAAGCUCGGCGACGGAUCGAGCGCGCAGCGUAUUUCCACUUCGUACCUGCGCAGUACAAGUGCGGGUGGUGCUACGAGCACGCGCGCCUUGAUUGCCCGUACGAUCCACUCAUGAGCGUGCAGUGGUAUUCGCUGGCCAGUCAGGGCGGAGAGGUCGAGGCAGAUAUGGCUUUGUCCAAGUGGUUUCUCUGCGGCGCAGAAGGGUGCUUUGAUGUGGACGAGAGCCUCGCAUUCACGUUUGCGGACAAGGCUGCCAGAAAGGGUCUGGGCAGUGCAGAAUUCGCGCUGGGAUACUACUAUGAGGUCGGCGUCGGUGUCGAGCAGGAUUUGACAGCGGCCAAGAAGUGGUACAAGAGGGCUGCCGAUCACGGCAACAACGAUGCUACCGAACGCUUGGCUGCCAUCGACAAGCCAGCUCCACAAACCAUCUCUCGGCGCGAUCACCUAUCGCACGUCGACACGAAGCUGCAUCACUCGCGCACGCUCGCCAAGAAUCGCUCGACAAAAGCUGGCCGGCGCGCUGUCACGGAACAAGGCAAUGCCAGCGCCGGCAAUGGAGGUGCAGGUGUAUCUCCCAUGCCCUCUGCGUCCCACCUCGGUGCAUUUAACGACAUUUCUCGGAAGAAGACGAUGCGCCUUGUGCAGGAGACUGCGGGGGUCAGAGGUGGAAUCAAGCGCCUGGCUGGGAGGAGCAACAAGCUUGAAGGCAGCGAGGCAGGACCGCCGUUGACCUCGACACAGAUUUCGCCUGCACCAAUGGGCCUUCAGAAUGGCGCUUCCAACGCCUAUCCCCACCGUCCUCCGAGUUCCAGUGGCCGUGUCCCAUCCCAAGCUUUCAAUGUAGGUGGACCUGUGCCAGGUCCGACAGGCUAUGGCAUGCCCCCAAGCACACCUCAACGGCAGCGAUUAAGCUCGACUCCAGAUGCCGGCAUAGGCCCUGGAGCCGGGAUGCUUCAAUCUCCUCCCUAUCACCAGCAGACGUCGCCACCUCCUUCGAGCACGGCACAUUCGCACCCGUCGCAAGUCUCGCUGCAAAGCGGCAGCUCCUUUUCCAGCGGUACCCCUAGUAAGAGGCCGGAUCCUGUCGUCUAUCAGACUUUUGCGGAAAUGGGCUUUGCCUCUAGCAAGACAAAGAACGACAAGGACUGUGUAGUCAUGUGA